AUGGUAUUUGGAAGUUUUGAAAAGUGGCAAGUUCUGACAUUCACUUUGACUUUUCUAUGUAUGUCGUCAAGCUAGUUAGUUAGUUAGUUAGUUAGUUAGUUUUAAAUGGCCAUACGUGGGCGAACCAGCGGACCACAACACCUCAGCUCGAAAGACAACUUCAGGUCGGGUUCUGAUGCGACCAUACUCCCAGGCCCGACACCAUCUUGAUUUCUGGUCUGAACCACCUGUCCAGAGGAUCAGCUCCGUUGGACAGAACCACUCUUGGAGGAGUGCCCCGAUAGUCCCGAUGAGGGAAACCAUAUGGUAGGCAAAACCUGUCUAGCCCAUCUGGCAGGGGCAGGAAAACCUUCGGGGGAGAAAUAAAACUUCCUUUUCGGCAUGGCUUCCCCACCUCUGAAGGCCUACUUAAGACAGGGAACGAGGCCCUAUAUUUCAGCUUCAUCAGAAAUGGGUCCUACGAGCUUCAUAGGAGGUGCGCCUCGGAGUCCUAUUUCCGUCAACGUCACCAUUUUAUUUCUCGUAUGUCGUCAAGGCAUAUCUGCUUAGAGAGUUAUUUUAUAGUGAAGCCAGAAGUUCACAACUCUAUGGGAUUUUCUACAACAUGACUGGGAGCAAUGGAUGCUACCUAUCUGUUCUUUUACGCACUUGGGAAUUUUGUGUGUGGAUCAUUAGGGGAUAACAUACCACUUAAAUACGUAAUUUCAGGAGGAAUGGUACUUACAUCUUUCGGCUACGCAUUGAUAUCAAUGCUUGGAUAUGUUGAUGCAAAAUACCCCUGGCUAUUUAUUAUAAUUUUUGGCUUUGUCGGAGUUUUUCAGUCAACAGUAUGGCCUGGGACAGUUGCAGUGAUGGGAAAUUGGUUCUCGAAAACACAUCGAGGCAAAAUAAUAGGCUCAUGGAGCUCUAAUUCAUUUGUUGGAGAUAUUCUUGGAGCUCAGCUUGGCUCCUUAUUACUUUCCCAAGCAGGCUUUGCAUGGGAAUCAGUUGUGAUAUCAGCUGCAACAAUCUUGCUCUGCGUUUCAAUAUUAUUCUAUUUUGUCUCAAAAGAAAGACCAGGCCCUGAAUUUGAACAAGUGAAAAAAUCAAUCCAAUUAGUUGAGCCUGGAGAAGAAAUGUUUGAAGAGGCUCCUAAGAAGAAAAAAGGCAUUUCUUUCUGGAAAGCCUGAAAACUUCCAGGUGUUACAGUUUAUGCUUUAACUUAUGGGUGUGUAAAGCUACUUAAUUAUUCAAUGAUUAUGUGACUGCCCUACUUUUUAGACAAGCAUAUUGAUGUCAGCACAAGUUUAAUCGGGACAAUGGCAAAUUUCUAUGACUUAGGAGCGCUUUUUGGAGGGUUUGGAAUUGGCUGGGUUACUGAUAAACUUGGGAUCAGAGCCCCUUUUGUAUGCAUUAUGCUGUUUUUAGCGCUCCCUACUCUAGGCAUUAUCCAGCUGAUGACUCCUGGGCUUUGGUGGAUGUUUUUUAUAUAGUGUCUCCUUUCUUUUAGCUCAUUGUGAGAAAGUCCAGCAACUUAAAAUGGCAAGCAACUCUCUCUAAUAUAUAUAUCGAUCGGAUACAUAAUACUGCUAUUUGAUUAGUCCAAGCUGAACAAUAAACUCUCCAGCUUAAAGAGAGCUAAAACAAAGGAAAAUCUAUAAUAAAUAUCUUUCUUGGCUUUUUUAUAGGAGGGUCCGAUAUAUUGAUUUCUGGGGUUAUCUCAACUGAUUUAGGUAAAAACGAGCAAAUUAAGAAUGAAGAAGCUUUAGCAACAGUAACAGGGAUCAUAGAUGGAACUGGAGGUGCUGGAGCUAGUCUUGGACAAGUCAUUAUUGGAGUUCUAGCUAUUUGGAGCUGGGAUUUAGUAUUUGGAUUCAUGUUUUGCGUUGGGGUUUUAGCAGUAACCCUUCUACUCAAGUAUAGCUUGAGCAUAUUUUUGGCUAACUCCCCCCCCCCUCCGUGAGUGAACAAAAAAAUUUUGUUCACUCACGGAGGUGGGUUAAUUUUUUUUUUUUAUAUAAAUUUUAUAAAAAAUAUUUUUUUUCGAAAUUUUAAAAAAAUCCUAAUUCACAAAAAUUGGAAAGCAAAUAUUAAUUUAAUUUAAAAAAUUUAUGUUUAAAAAGCAAUUCGUUUAAAAUUAAACAGAAUUAGCUCUAGAUUUCAUUAUACUAAUUAUCAUUUAUAUAUCAAAAUUUUUUUCCAUAACAAAUUUUUGUUCACGGAGGGUGGGUUUUUGGGCAAAAAAUAGGGAUUUUUUCUAAUGGUUUUGUUCACUCACGGAGGGGGGGGAGUAAGGCUUCUCGAUCUUUCCUGGUGGAAAUGAGGAUAACUAAUAUUGGUUUAUCCAGCUCCUCAAGUGGCAUAACCACAUGAUGCAGAGCUUCUGACAUUUGAGGAGUUGGCGAAGAUUAGUUGGCUUUAAAAAAUUCCCUUUUCUUGCCGGGGUAACUCGAGAAACUUUAUUAGCCAAAAAGGCGCUUGGGCUAUAUGCUAUACGAGAUGUGAAACUUUAUAUACAGCAAAAAAAGCUUGGAGCAAAAGUUUUAAGUGGAGUUGAAUAA